ACAGAGCACAAUAAACCUGGUGGGCAUGUGCCGAAAACAUCACCUCAGAGUUACACACGCACGAGAACUCAGCGCUUCAUCCAAGUGUACAAGGGUAACUUCAUCCAAAAAGACAAGGCUUUUUUUUUUCCUCCAUCGGAAUGGCACACACGGGAGGUCGCAGACUCAAGCAGUGGCUGAUGGAGCAGAUCCAGAGCGGUCAGUACUCCGGGCUGCAGUGGGAGGAUGAAAGUCGCACCGUGUUCCGAAUUCCAUGGAAACACGCGGGGAAACAGGAUUAUAACCAAGAAGUGGACGCGUCCAUUUUCAAGGCCUGGGCUUUGUUUAAAGGAAAGUUUAAGGAAGGGGACAAGGCAGAGCCUGCGACAUGGAAGACAAGACUCCGCUGUGCCCUCAAUAAAAGCCCUGACUUUGAGGAGGUGAGAGAACGGUCGCAGCUGGACAUUUCUGAGCCUUACAAAGUCUACCGCAUCGUACCCGAGGAAGAGCAGAAGCAUGGCAAAAGCCCGAUGAUGACAAUGGCAGCUACCACUUGCUCUGGCGAUAUUCCCGACUGCAGCCCCACGGAACUCGAUGAGUUAAUGAAAGAGGAAGAAGGCUGCAGCAUCCAGGCCAGCCCAGAGUACUGGUCUCAAAGCAGCAUAAAUGCUUUUUCUCUGCACCAGGACCCUUUGCCAUCCGGCACGAUCAGUGCAGCUUUCUCCCAAAUGAUGAUCAGUUUCUACUAUGGAGGGAAGCUGGUGCAGAACACGCUGGUCACUCAUCCAGAGGGCUGCAGGAUCUCUCCGCAGCAGCACCUGGGUCGUGGCGCCCUCUACAGUUCGGACAGCAUGCAGAGCGUCCACUUCCCCUCCGCCGACCUCAUAGAGUACGACCGCCAGCGUCACGUCACGCGCAAACUCCUCGGCCACAUAGAGAGAGGCGUGUUGGUCCGCGCCAACCAAGAGGGCAUCUUCAUCAAAAGGCUGUGCCAGAGCCGCGUCUUCUGGAGCGGCCUGGGGGAAGUGGGCUCACAGUACAGCCACAUGCCCUGUAAACUGGAGAGGGACGCCGUCGUCAAGAUCUUUGACAUGGGAAGGUUUCUCCAAGCUAUGCCGCUGUAUCAGGACGGUCAGUUUCCUGCUCCAGAUCCAACAGUGACUCUGUGCUUCGGAGAAGAGCUCCAAGAUGUCAACAAUGCCAAAAACAAACUGGUCAUCGUGCAGAUCACUGCCGUGAACUGCCAGCACCUGCUGGAGGCGGUGAACGUGCGCCGCGCGCAGCCGUACUGCAGCACCCCGAGCCUGGACAUGUCCGAUGUUGUGGCCACUGACCCGAUGGCCCUCAUCUACCAGGACCUGUGCAGCUACAGUGGACCCCAGCGGCCGGCCUGCUACAGGGACAACAUGCCAAUCACUGCCUGAAAUGUGAGCAAUCAUUUCUCCAGCCUGCACUAGACCAAAAACAUGUACAGUAAAUUAGGGACAUUCGCUUAUUAUUCCUGAAACACUCUGACAAGGUAAAGUCCAUUUAAAAAAAAAAAAAAAAAAAAAAUAAAAAAAAAUGAGUCAGAUAAGGAAGAGCAAAUCUCUUACAAUAAGACUUUAAAGCUGCAGCUCAAUACUAGCCUGUCCCUAAUAUUUUUUUUAAUCUAAGUAAUGCUUAUAUUUGUAUAAGUACACAGCUAAAACAAACUUUUUUGCUUUGUUGUUACAUGAGAUUAUGACAAAGUAACUUUUAAGGGUAGAUAAUUCUGCUGAUGGGUUUAUUAUUAACAUCCUUUACUUAAGUUGUGAUCCUCCCAGGAGAGGUUGAUGCUCUGUGUGUCGGCGAUUCAGUUCUCAGCGUUUUAUUUUUACACCGUCUCGCUUCCCUCACAUCGCCACCAUUUGCACGGACGGGGCAACAAAUGGGCUUUUUUUUUUAUAUUUUAUUUCUUCGCAGUAGUAAAUCUUUAUACGAGUUGAUAGCAUUUUCCUCGAUGCAGUGUGGCAUCAUAUUUGAUAGGUUUUACUAUCGGACUGUCUGUUUUGUGACCUUAUUUUUCUUUCUUUUUUUUUUAAUGAACUGGAUUUCUAAUAAAAACAAAGUUU